CCCGCACCUUUGGGCCAAGGAGACGGGCGGUUGAAGUAAGCUCUGUAAUAAUAGACAAAAUAUUAUAACUCGUGGGGAUCAUCCCCACCGUUUCCUCUUUGUCGAAUUCAGCAUUAACCGUGGACGCCUUUUACCCAAUAUGAGACUCGUCCGACUCCUCAUCUCGCUCGCGUGCCUCGCUGUUGGGUUUGCGACUGGCCCGCCUAGUGACUCCCUGGACGGGCUCACGGUCAAGACCAUAACUGGAGUCUACACCGGGCUCGUGGAUCCCGAGUUUCCCAAUGUGCGUCAGUUCCGCAGUAUCCCCUUCGCCGAGCCGCCACUUGGAAGCCGGCGAUGGCUACCACCCGAGCCAGUCAGGCCUUCUCUCAAGCACUCGUACUCCUACCGGUUUCCGCCACCCUGUCCACAGUACCUUUACAAGAAUGUGACAUUAUGGAACUCCAACAUGACCGACUUCUCCAUUCGCAUCCACGGACAGGACCGCCUUCAGGGCACGAUGGCGCAGACCUCCUCCGAGGACUGCCUCUACCUCGCCAUCUGGGCGCCUCUGAACGCAACCGCGGACUCCAACCUACCCGUCGCGCUCUUCAUCCCGGGCGGCUCCUUCCGUAACGGCGGCGUCGACGUGCCCUACCAACAACCCACGCCAUGGGUCCAACGCACACAGCGGCACAUAGUUGUCUCGGCUGGUUACCGCGUCAACAUAGCCGGCUUCCCCUGGGCGGCCGGGCUCGAGGAGCAGAACGUCGGCAUCCUCGACCAGCGCGCAGCACUCGAAUGGGUCUACGCCAACAUCGGCUCUUUCGGCGGCGACCCCUCCCGCAUCACCGUUUGGGGCCACUCAGCCGGGGGCGUCGCCGUCGACAUCGCAGCACACGCCUUCGCCGACAACCCCCUCGCAGCCGGCCUCUUCCUCCAAUCGGGCAGCGCCAUGGUCAACAUCAGCCACCCGGACCCAACCCACCGCAACUUCACCUACGUAGCCCGACACGUCGGCUGCGACUUCCCCACCGACCCGCUCGCCGAGCUGUCCUGCAUGCGCCAGGUGCCCAUGACCCUCCUCCAGAACUUCGUCGGCGCCCACCGCGACAACGACACCGACGACCCGCCCGUCUUCAAACCCCUCCCGGACGACAAACUCGUCUUCUUCAACUACACCCACCACGCCCUGCACCACCCCAACGGCCACGGCCCCGGCAGCGCCCCGCGCAUCCCCAUCCUCCUCGGUACGACCUCCAACGAGCAGGCCAGCCUGACCGACUACCCCCUGCAGAACAUCACGGCGGGGCCGUGGCAGACCAAGGUCGACCUCGAGACGGUCGAGACGUUUGUGUGUCUGGCGAGCAACACGACGCGGACCCGCGGGCUGCUGGGGCGGACGACGUAUCGGUAUGAGUAUGCCGGGAAUUUCAGUAGUUUGUCCGUGCUGCCGUGGAUGGGCGCGUUUCAUGGCAGUGAUGUGCCGAUGGUGAUGGGGACGUACGCGACGCUGGCGGGGAGGGAGCGGGUGACGGGGUUUCAGAGGGAGGUGGCGGAGAGGAUGCAGGAUUAUGUGUUGGCGUUCAUGGAGGAUCCGGAGGGCGGGUUGCGGAGGAUGGGGUGGUUGCCGUGGGGGGAGAGUGAGGGGAGUGAGGUGGGAGGGCGGAACAUGAUGCGGUUUGCGAGUGGUGGGGUGGUGGCGAAGAAUGUGAGUGCCGAUGAGGUUGAUGAUGUGUGCGUGUUGGGUCGGCCGUAUAAUUCGAGUCCUUAAGUCAGGGUAGGUACGUAGGUAGGUGGUUGUGUUGGGGCUUGAAUGGGUGAAGCGCAGGGUAUGGCGUACGACGAUGCUGGAAUUCUUGCUCGAGGAAGGGGGAGAUUUUGAUGCUGAUUAGGGGGCCGGACAGCACUUCGUUACGCUCUUGAGGGGUUCCGGAUGGAUGUCUUCAUGAAGCGAGCGUCUCCCUUUGUGAUGUGAAAGGACCGAGCCCGUUGCGGUCGACAAGGAAUGGGGGACGCUGUGUGAAGUCGGAUUGAGAAGGGGGCGGAUCCUACUCACCGAUGCUAAUGGGUUUGGGCCGUCAGUAGUACCUAGUGUAAUACAACGGCUACAUUCCACACCCUUGUUGGUCGAUCUCUGGCCCUCACAUUGUGUCAAGUUUGCUCCUAGGUUCUCACCCUUCAGCUCGCUGAGUAAAGACAACGCUGUUAAUAACUAGCUACCUACGCCC